ACAACACACGGUCAGACGGUUGCAAUCUAACAUGACAUUGAAACACGGAAGUGGAUCCCCCUUUCGGUAUAUCGCUGGCAGAUGACUAUGAUAUGUACACUCAAGGUUCUAGUUUCUGUCUCUGGUAUUGAAGGGCCAUCAAGUAAUUGAAUAAACCUCAGAGGAGAGAGUCGCCACUCGCCAGCCCAUGAAUACCGAGCCAGCAGGAGAGAAAAUACCUAUUGCACUAUUGAGAGCAAUCCUUAAGCCUCUAAUGGUCUUCUGAAGGCUAUUAUCCUCCCAACAGAUCAUCAGAAAUCCAUUUAAAAACGAUCAAGUAGCUGGAACGAGAACGCCUCAGCUCGGACGGUUUAUUUUUGAAGGAGGGCUGGCCCUUGGCUGUCACGGGCGGAGACUAUUUUUUAAAGUCAUUAAAUUUUGAGGCAGGCUGGAAUUACCGGAGAACGUGACCAUGGCGGGCUCUGAAGCAAUUUUAUUUAACAAGCCAGUUCAGGUAUCCCUACCGGGUCAAUACCACAGGCUCUUUCAUCUUGAUUUGAAAAGAACACCACUGAAAAUGGACUUCCUAAUCAAGUUGAUUGCCAAAGUCAAGGAGUGGGGAGUGACAGGUCUACUAGUCGAGUAUGAAGACACGUUCCCCUACAACGGAGAGCUAGCUGAACUGGCCAUACCCAACUCAUACAGCCAAGCCGAUCUAGAUGCACUGCAGCAGAUUACAAGAGAGCAUGAGAUGGAGUACAUCCCUCUGGUUCAGACCUUUGGGCAUCUCCAGUUUGUACUGAAGCACAGCAAGUUCAGUCACAUGAGGGAAGUAGCGGAGUUCCCUACGGACAUCUGCCCAUCCAAACAAGAAUCCUUGCCGUUUAUUCAGAGAUUAGUUGAUCAAGUCAUACAAGCGCACAAAGGCCUCAAGUACAUCCAUAUAGGGGCUGAUGAGGUGGUUCGUUUAGGUUGUUGUCUGAAAUGCCAGCAUCGUGUAGAGGCAGACUUUGGAGGGUCUCUAUCCUCGCUGUAUCUAGAUCAUGUUACUAAGGUCUUAAGAUACAUUAAGAACCAACAUCCUGGAGUGACGUGUAUCAUGUGGGAUGAUAUGCUCCGGACGGCCAACCCAAAGAGCAUGAAUGAAUUUGAACUGGGACAGCUGGUAGAGCCAAUGAUUUGGAAUUACUCCAGUGACGCUUCUUCUUUUAAAAUCCGCUUACAGCCCACCAUAUGGCAAAACUACAGUCAGGUCUUCAAAACUAUCUGGCUGGCUAGUGCAUUUAAAG